CUCGCGGGCGAGCUCGCGUGCGGACUGACGAGGGCCCGCGCAGGGCAGGGGAGGCCCCCUCCACCACCAGAGCACAGCAUGAGCGCAGGGGCGGCGUGAAGCCAUGGCCCGGGCCCUCCAUGGCGGGGCCCUCCACCGCGCCCGGCCCGAGGCCCCGGGGGACCAGGGCGGCGGGGGGCGGCGACGCAGGCGGGGCCUCCCGGUGGGCAGCUGGCUGUGGCUGGCGGUGGUCAUGAUGGCCACCUCGGUGGCGAGCAAUCACAACCGACCGUCGCCAUCGGGCGGCCAGGGCCACGACCCGGAGGGGGUGCAGCCGCCCGCCCCCGCGGCCCCGGUCGGCCCGCCCCCGCCAGGCAACCCACGGCCGGGGCAGCUUCGGCCGCCGGCCGUGGAUCCGUACGACGAGGAGGAGGAGCUGGAGGUGCCGCUGGACUGGCCCGUGGACAACAAAUCGCACGUGCACCGCUCCAGCAACGAGACCCACGCCAACGUGACCAAGACGCCGCUGUUCCCGCCGGACAUUUUCACCAUGGAGCAGAAGCGGCACGGCGCCGUGACCCUGCACGUGCUCGGCCUCGUCUACAUGUUCGUCGCCCUGGCUGUGGUGUGCGACGAGUUCUUUGUGCCGUCCCUCGACGUCAUCAUCGAGAAACUGGACAUCGCCGACGAUGUGGCCGGGGCCACGUUCAUGGCCGCCGGUGGCUCGGCUCCAGAGCUCUUCACCUCCGUCAUCGGCGUGUUCGUGUCCUUCGACGACGUCGGCAUCGGUACCAUCGUCGGCUCCGCCGUGUUCAACAUCUUGUUCGUGAUCGGCAUGUGCGCCCUGUUUUCCCGCACCGUCCUGACGCUGACGUGGUGGCCGCUGUUCAGAGACUGCACCUUCUACUCCAUCUCGCUCAUUGCCCUCAUCUACUUCUUCAAGGACAAUCUCAUCUACUGGUACGAGGCCCUCAUCCUGUUCUCGGUGUACAUGGCCUACGUCAGCUUCAUGAAGUGGAACCAGACGGUGGAGAAGUUCGUGAAGAAGCACCUGUACAAGAACAAGGUGACGCGGGUGCGGAGCACGGACCAGCUCAUGCCCUCGCACCAGAGCGCUGCACAGACCUUGCACGCGAACCCUACCACCUCCAGCACCACUAGUGUGGGCGGGGGAAGCGGCGCGGGCUGCUCGGCGGGGUCCUCGGGCGCCUCGGGGGCUCGGGGAGCCUCGUCCUACUCGGGGCCCCCGGGCACCAAGUUCAGACACGGACUGCUGCAGCUCAUGAUCCACACCAUCGAUCCCCUGCACGACGGCAAGGUUGACGAGAAAGCGACACAGCUGCACGCCAUCGCCUCGCUCAAGGUGCUCCUGGACGCCACCAAGCCCCACAACGGCGCGGCCUCCACCUCAGCGGCCAACCACGUCGGGACGCUGUCCGAGACACGCCUGUCGGUAGACCAGCCCAACGGCAUCCUGGGUGGACCGCUCAACGACCAGAGCCAAGCGGAUGCGGUGGAGGAGCCGGUAGCCCACUCUUUCCGCGAGACGGCGGCCGUGCGGCGGGGCUCCACCUUCCUGAGGGCGCACUCGGUAACGACUCGAAGGUCCACUCUACCGUCUCAGACCGAGCUGACGGGGCUAAACCCUGGUGGUGACGCUAUGGCUGACGGCGAUGAGCAGGAAGCUCCCGAGGCCCUCGACAUGUCCUGGCCCGACAGCAACCGCAAGAGGAUAACCUACGUCCUGGUGGCACCCAUCAUCUUCCCGCUCUGGCUCACUCUACCCGACACGCGCACACCAGGAGGGAAAAGGUUCUUCCCUGUCACCUUUAUCGGUAGCAUAUGCUGGAUUGCCGCCUACUCUUACCUUAUGGUGUGGUGGGCGAAUCUCGUUGGUGAUACUGCGAGGAUACCCCCAGAGGUGAUGGGACUUACUUUCUUGGCGGCCGGCACGUCUAUCCCUGACCUUAUCACCAGUGUCAUCGUAGCCAGAAAAGGCUUCGGAGACAUGGCUGUGUCUUCCUCCGUCGGAAGCAACAUAUUCGACGUGACUGUUGGGUUGCCGGUACCCUGGCUGCUCUACGGCAUCAUCUAUGGGAAGCCUGUGGAGGUCAACAGCCACGGAAUGGUUUGUUCCAUCGCCAUUCUCUUCAUGAUGCUGCUCUUCGUCAUCAUGUCCAUCGCCUGCUUCAACUGGCGUAUGAACAAGGGCCUCGGUUUUACCAUGUUUCUGCUGUACUUUGUGUUCGUGGCGGUGUCGCUUAUGUUCGAGUACAAGUAUCCCUACGAGUGUCCUGUCUAACGUGGUGGUGUGGUGAGGACGAUAUAUUUGUAAUGCAAGCUCUGGGCAUGGUUGGGCGCAUCUCGGGCGGAAAUGUGGCAACGAUACCACUGUUGCCACACGUCCCCAGCCCGAGCGCGCUCGGCUCGAAGGCCUGGGCUGUGCAAUGCCACUGUUGUCAACCCCAAGACUGCUUCCUCUCCCCUUUUCCUCCAUCUAUUUUAGGGUAGGCCAGGGUAUGUACUAAUGAUGCUUUAGUUCGUUUGUAGUUAUAUGUGGACAUGGGAUGUUAUUGCGGGGACGAAACAUACGGUAGUGGAGCCGGUUGGCGGCAGUGGUCUAGGUUGUCGGUGAAAAACAUCUUCACUGCUCUUUUCCCAACGUGGAAAUAAAAACGAGUGCCACUUUCUCACGCAAGAAAAUGUUAACGCACAAAAUUGGCUUCUCGAUUCUUUCUUCAUUACAAAAUGGGUCAUCUGUGAGGAAGUGAGAUACAAGCAAAAUAUGAUUGGAAGGUGCGAUUGAGGUUGAGCCCGCUGCAACGAAAUCCUAUACCUAUUUGAUGAGGAACGAAUCACCAUUCAUUUAAAAUUUGACUCCCGUACGACUCAUUGUAAACAUUGCCGUCUAGUGUUGCGAUUCGUGAUUCCCACCCGAUCUGUAUAGAUUCGGGGUGGACUUAGGUAUUGAGAACAAAUGAGUUGACUUUGCGACUUAACUUACCUUAUAAGGGGGUUUUCGAUAUAGAUCCUUAUUUUAGUAUGUAUAAAGGCACUAACUAUUAAACAAUAAACCUUGAAAGAAGUAUUACGGAUUAACUAAACAUUACUCGUUAAAACUCAGUCAUAGUAAUUACUAUGGCUAGUUACAUUCUAGAUGUACUAAUUACUAACCCAUUGUAACUUUUUUAAGUAUAGAUCUACAACAUAUAUUUUAUAAAUGUUGACCAUUGUAAAGAUAACUUAAUUUUGUUAAUCCUGUUUUGUACAGCUUGUGUUAUAGUUGAAAGCUUAGUGUUGUGUUUGUUCGUUUUGUAUAACAUUUCUUGGUGUCUUAAACACAGUCUUUAACACGUAGAUGCCUCGGGAGCGGAGACAAUACUGACAGCAUAUGGGUGCUCCCGUUUCUUCCUUCUCAUUACCUGUCAGAACUCCUUCAUUAUUAUGGUGAUAUUUUAAUCGUUUGGAAGGGAGUACGCAGUUUCCCGCCGUCAACCAGGGGGUAAAAUAGGCUGGAAUAUCUAGUGUUGGACCCACAUAUGCCAGGGUGGAAGAGGAAUCUAGUGUCAGGAGAAUGAUGGUCUGCAUGUUUGAACGGAUGUGGGUUAGUCCUUUGGCACGAUGACUUUACGUCACGGUAUUCUCGUUAAUACAGACUCAAUUCACUGAAUCGGUAUUUGUGAUAAAUUAAUUCCCAUUUCCGCCAAAACUCGUGUUUUGAGAUUCUUUCUAUUUAUUGCUUUUCUAUAGAGAUGCUAAGCUUUUUUUAUUAUUAUAAAAAGGCGAUUAAUAGUAAAAGUUAUCACAAAAAUAAUGUGAUAGCGUUUAAUCGGAAGCAUUAAGCAUUGUUUACCAACUCCAUUUAUUGACAAAACUACAAAUUUGCGAUAAAAAGUUAUCACAUCAUUUUUGUUAUAACUUUCCAUUGCGUUUUCUUUUUGCGAUAAAAGUUAUCAUGUUCAGAAAAGCGAUAAGUCGGCGAUGUCACAAAAUUGAGCUGUCGCAAACGUUUGUGUUCAUCAAGUAUCAAAAAAUUCAGAUUAAGUGUAUUCCCGUUCAGCAGAAUUCGUCGAUUGGUCUGAUACAGUUUUCUCCAUUCUUGCAUAUUUUUAAGAGAAUGCUGCUUGAUGAUGUCUGUGGGUCCAGACCCCAGCCUUCUUCAUACUCUGAUUGUCGAGCUGAAUUUUUCGCACUUUUCGAAAACACAAGAAAUCACAACCACCUUGCAUAAAAGGAAUCCCAAACUGAGAAAACUCAUCAAAGCAAUGUCGUCCUCAUUACUCCAUCGUUGUUAAGUUUAAGAGACUUUGUUAUCAGAAAAAUAAUCAAAAAACGCUUCAAUUCGCCGAAUGAGUAUAUCGCCUGAGAGGCUUUUGGACUUAAAUUUGAUAGAAUGGCUUCCUCGUGCCAGUCCACCCUAGUGAUAAUUUCCGCCUUCCCAUUUGUUUCGCCCAUGUCAAUUAAUAAACAUCCACAAGCUCAUAUUGGCGUCUGACAGUCAGAAUAAUAAAUUUUUUAGACGAAACGUGUUGCGUGAAAAUAGUGCUAUUGACGUUAGUAUGAUAACCUGCCUGUUUUGUGUUACGUGUGGCAGCACCACCUUCUAAUCUGGCCCCAAGGACGGACGGAACGCGUUACGAUUGCUCAAAUCUCUUUUAAGACUGGGACUGGGAAUGGCACGGGCAGUGGGUUGGGUGUAUUGGACGGCAUUUCUUAGGAGAACCGAAGGUGCGAGAGACACAAAAACAGAGACGCGUGUAGUGUACUCCAGCAGGUCGGCACACCACACUUGCUUUUUACAUGCUUACACCGUCGAAAAAUAUACCGUACCAAAAUGAGCUAUUUUCGGCUCGCGUACCUUGGAACUGGUUUUUAAAUGGGAAAUCUGUUUCUAUCUUUCAUUAUUGUAUUAAGGAUUCGGAAGUAGUUAUUGUAGACAAAGACAAAUUUUUUAAUAAGGUCUUUGUAAUGUAUGAUAGUAUUGAACAUUUCAACAUUUCUAGCCCUUUCAAUUGACUUUGUGAUUGUGUACGAAUUUGACUCGCGUGUUUGGUUGUUGCGAUGCAACACCAACCUGUUUAUACUUUCCGUAGAUUUUCCACCACUUGUAAUACUAUUUAGGAGAAGUCGAGGCUUGCGGAAGCAAGCAGUCCGGCUCGUUUGUGCUCUUUCUUUUUUUUCUUUGUGAGGCUGUCCUCGACGAUUACAGUCGUCUGCAUGUGACUCACGUUCCCUGAAGAUAUCGGACUAUUUACCUGUCAGACUGGCCUCAUGUUCGUGCGCUGAUAGGUCGUGCGAUGCAUUGCCUACCACGCAAAACGUUACUGAGUCAAUGCGUCCAGACAGUCUCUCUUCGUCUUCUACAGGCAGGACGUAGUUAGUCCUAGCCACGACACUGAGAAAAGCAAUAAUAACUUUAUUUGUGUGUAAUAGCUGCAUUGUUGUCAUGUUAUUGUUGUUAAAUGUUGUUAUAUUACUUGCACGCCAUCCUGGUGUUGGAAGGUAAACUUGCUAUGAAGUGGAACCACAACUUCACCAACUUGUAUCUAUUGUAAGAAUGUUUUCUUUCUCUUUGUGGCGUUUGUUUCCACUGUAGACGGCGUGUUUAACAUCCCACCAGGCCGCGCGCUCUUUCCCAUUUUUCUCAUCUCUCUUAUUUCAUUUGGCAUGAGCGAUAAACGUGUACAUAUGUAUAUAGUGCACCGCGCUGGGCUGGACCUCUCCCCGCAUCGCAAGUGAUGUACACAGCUGUGGAAAGAUUACGGGUUAGAAGCUGUUUCAGGACUUUUUCACUAUAAUACUGAAGAUGUUUUUCCUGUACAUUUACCGUUUCUAUUACAAACAUGUAAACAAGCAACUUAUUAUAUAUACUAUUGUUUUAACCAGUGGAGAGUCAAAGUGUUUUCAAGUAGCUUUUGAUUUGGUAAAUACUCUUGUCGUGACGUGUGCCCGUCGCGAUUGCCUUUGGUAUUGCAUAGUAUUGUCCCACGAUAAGUUCUAAUCAUUACAGUUUUGUAAACGAAUUCUCUCUUUCAAUAUUAUUAUAAGCCGUUGGGCACAUAUCAAGACUUAGUGAUAAUUAGAGUGAGAAACGAUUCUUGUGAUAAGUUACCAAAAAAAUCGUAGAAAAGUUUAACUGAUGCACAAUGCAAAGAAACUACAGUAUUGGGCAGAAUCGAAAAGGUGCGAAUCUUUGUUAACAAAAUCACAUUUGGUUUUCAUUUCAGACCUACUUAUUGUUUUCUUGUUUUGUUUUUUGCUUUUGUUUUAAAGAAAUACUUUUAUCCGUGUAUGGUAACGUUAUCAAAAUUGAACAUGAUCUUAGACUUCAGCGGGCUGGUGGUUAUUUCUGUCCCACUUUUGUUAGUGAGGGUAUGAAAAUUUCGGCCAUGCGAGAUGCUGCACAUCCAUUUACAUUCGAUUAAGGCAUUCUAAGCUUAGCAUUUGGAUCAGACUUUGCAUUCAGCGCUUGCUAGGACUUGAAGAGAUGUGAUGUAUGGCUGCAGGUUGUGAUACUUCUGUAGAUUGUCUUUUGUAAUAGUGUUUAAAAGUGUGUAUGGCCAUUUGUUGGAACUUCUGUGGAGAACAGCUGGUAAUAUAAAUAUAACUGUUGAAUACCUUGAAAUGUGUGAAUAGUAUAUACUGAAUUUGAUACAAAAGUUGAUUCAUUAUUUAUGCUGGGCUAACAGGCGAACUGCUUCGCAGCCGAACUAAAUUCAAGUUUUUUUGCCAUAUUUGUUCUAACUUAGCAUAUUGCGCACGAAGCACAGCCAUGAUAACCCUUGUUGAAAUUAUUGUUGUUGUUGAUAUUGUUGUUGUUAUCAUGUUAUGGUACUGAAAGAGAUGGCAAGAGUUUAUCCAAGUGGGAAGAAUUUUAUUCAUGUAUUAAUGUUAUUGCGUAUGGAAGCCCGGUGUAUUGUGGCUUUGUCUUAUAUCAAAUUGUUUUGAUGCUGCCUCCCAAACCUGAAACGAAAGUGAAAACAGAAAAUAAGAAAAUGUUUUCUUCCGUCCCUGGCAGGACGCUUAGCCCCAACGAAAGAUGUAGCUCAAUUCAUUUCACCAGUUUUUGUCAAGACAAACGUAAUGCUUGAGCGCUCAAAAUGCAAAUGCGGGAAAAUGUGUGAUUACUACGUCUCCAAAGCUUCCAGACUACGGUUUAUUACUGUGUCCGUGUUGGUCCAAAUUGUUCAGUGCGUUAAAAGAUGUUAUUACCUUAGAAUAGUAUCGGGUCCGGAAUCGAGUACGCUUAAGACGUCCGGUGCUGUUAUAUAGUUCGUAAUGUUCAACUAACCAGAUUUCGUCUAAUAUUUUUUUUUAAGAAUACUGUGGUGUAGCUUCCAUCCUAGAGACCCCCAGCUCCUCACUCUCUGUGUUACAUAUGUUUCUGUCUCUCGUCUUUGUUGCGAUACUUUUUGUGGGUGUACUGCAACAUUUCGCCCCUUUUCUCAUUUUCCCUUCUACCGUUGAGUAGGUUCCCGGGUGUAGUUCGCCAGGCAGUUUCAUAACAAAAGCAGUUGUAACAUAAUGUUAUACAAUACGCCUCUGAGCGAAUCUUUUUAACAUUAUCUGCGUUCACGGGAAGGACUACUACAUGAAAUGCGCCUUAAUGUGCGUAGAAAGCGCAAUAAAUGUUAUAAUCGGUGGCGCUCUUAAAGCUCGCUUCGAAUCGCAUUGAAGAAUGUGCGUUACACGCGCAUGUGUAACCGUGUAAGCUUCUACAGGCAUUUUCUGAGUUCAGAGUUCAGCAGGGAUGGCUUUUUAUGCUUGCCUCAAGCUGAAGCGUUCCUUAUUACCAAAUAUUGCUGUCCAAAUUUUACCAGACUUGUAUAUUAUAAAGAAACUAAAAAAUCAAGCCUGCACCUUCAUACUGUUUUUUAGUUUUACGUUACUGCUCCUCUAUUAUUCCCCAGCAGAAGGCUCAAACAAACGAUUCUUCCAGUGUAAUGACUCAUUUUUAAAUUUGUCGCAGCAGGUAGACACAAAAUACGCGACAGUUUCGAAAUUGUAUGGUUGUGCUGUCCGCUUUUCCCUCGGUUUCCUCGGUUCAGUGCAGUAGCUGAAAAUUUGACGGUCUUUAAAUGAAACUGCCCGGUGCCCUCACCCACAUAAGCUUGCUCUCGUUCCUGUGUACCUACCAGCAGCAGUAAAAUGUGGGGAAGUCCAACAGUUAACGUCUCAUUGUCGGCCGACGAGUAUUCUAAGACGUUUCACACCCAGCUUUGUCUCCCAUUCAUCGUACCAUGUACCCAUCUGUUCAAGAAUAGGCUUGCUCAUCUCAUCCUUACCUUAGGCGCAUGUCAUGAGCCGUUUUCAUUUCUGUCCCCGCACUUUAAAGGGAUCAGAAACUGAAGUUUGUGGCCUUCACAUUUUACGGCAUCAUGAUUUGCCAGAAAUGAUACUUAAAAGAUAGCCUAAAUGUACUUCCCAACUACAUCACUGCGUCAUUUACAUUUAAAACAACUUAUAGCCCCAGUAGUGGUCCUAGUUCUGACUGCUGGUACAAACUUAUUUCUUCUUCAAGAAUAUUUAAUCUUUAAUUGAAAAAUAUGUAGUGAAUGAUCAUAUAACCUGUUGACAGUAUUGCAUUAUUAAUUGAAAUCUGAUGGAGAAUGUAUUAUGUUGCCACAAGUAUAUAACUGUUAACACUUUAGUAAAAAAAAGAAAUAAACAAAAUUUAAAAAAA